AUGGUAGAAGAAAGUGUCGAGCGGGUUCCUUCUACAGUCCCUGCCCCCGAGUCCAUGGGCAAAGACCCCAUGACCACAGGCCCCUCCAGCAGUUUGGACCCUGGUGGUUCGGACCCGGCGUCCAACAUGUCAGGUUCCAAUCUCGCUGAGAGCCAGGCCUCCAAUGAUCGCGCUACCUCCCAGCCGACCUCAUCCCCAAGCGCGCCGGCUUCGUCCGCACCAGCAGAUGCUCCGCCGAAGAAGAAUCGUCUGCAUCUUCCGAUCCCAUCCCGCAGGUCUUCAAAGACUGAUCAACAGCCGACAUCGGAAAAGACAGCGGAGGCGACUCAGGACGACCCUAGCCGGAGAGGAUCCAGAGUUAGCAUUCUGAAUAUUGCGAGAGAACGUAGCCGUGCCAGUAGUAGACGGUCGCGUCGCAACCAGCCAGACGCGCCCAGCGUUGACAAAAGCCCAGACACGGCCCAACCUACCUCGUCCGAAUCAAACGGUCCUCCGAAGCCUUUGCAGAAGAAAGGGUCCCGACUUUUCUCGUUCCUCAGCUGCUGCUCCUCAGCUGAUGUGGAUGGCGAUGACAACGCAGUGCCACCAAAGAAGACAUCCAAGCAGCCGGUGACUCCCAACCGACUACCCACUCCAGACAAGACUGAGGCCCAUGCCGGUGACUCUAGUACCGCCGAGUCCAAGGAUCCCGCCUAUUUUGGGGAUGAAAAAGCCGCUGCUGCACUUGCUGCCGAUCACCCUCGCGAACGGGAUCCAUCAUCUUCAAGCCCGGUUGAGGCCCAGACCGACGCAACUCCCAACACUAUGCUUCCCACCGAAGUCCCCCACGAAAGUUCCGCCCCGCACAAGGAAAGCGCGGUGCCCGCGACUGGGCUAGUCUCGGAGUCCGAAGAUUUUGUUGCAAAAGAAGAUGAGCAGAGCUCCUCAACCCAGAUCGCCACAUUUGCCGAAACGGCCCCAAAGACGGUUGCCGAAGAGGCCGGUGAGACUCCUUCGCAAGUUGAAGAAACGGCUCAAACAGUCACCCUUCUGCCACCUCCCCCACCUCCCCCAGUUCCUGAGGUAGCCCAGGAUGGAGGACUGCGACAGCAGUGGUUGCUGCCACCUGCACUGCCCCACCUCGCAAACCGCAAAUGCCUCGUGUUGGAUUUGGAUGAGACGCUGGUGCACAGCAGCUUCAAGGUGCUGGAGCGUGCGGACUUCACAAUUCCGGUCGAGAUCGAAGGACAGUACCACAACAUCUACGUGAUCAAGCGGCCCGGCGUGGAUCAAUUCAUGAAGCGCGUGGGGGAGUUGUACGAGGUGGUGGUGUUUACCGCGUCGGUUUCCAAGUACGGUGACCCGUUGCUCGAUCAGUUGGAUAUCCACAAUGUGAUCCACCACCGUCUUUUCCGGGAGAGUUGCUACAAUCACCAGGGAAAUUAUGUCAAGGACCUUUCCCAGGUUGGCCGUGACUUGCGAGAGACGAUCAUCAUCGACAACUCACCCACCUCGUACAUCUUCCAUCCCCAACACGCCAUCCCCAUCAGCAGCUGGUUUUCUGACGCGCACGAUAAUGAACUGCUGGACUUGAUCCCAGUUCUCGAGGAUCUGGCCAAGGCCGAAGUUCAAGACGUCAGCAUGUGGAAGGCUUCGAAUAAAGAACCCGGAAAGCCCAAUCCGCCUCUUGCAUCCCGGCUCCGCAGCCAUCGUGCAGCGUCGUCCCCGCAGUCGCAGCACGUCAAUUUUCCCCCGCCGUCACCAAAAACCGUGCCGUCUUCCCUCACCAACCCCACCAUGAAAAACAAAGAAGGCUGGGACGGAAAGCUGAGAAUGGAGCCUAAAGCUGUGAUCACAAACCCAGAGGCCCUCGAGGACUCAGAUUACUCUGAUCCUGAGGCGCCGCCAGUGGAGGAAAUUGAUGCAGAUGAAGACUUGCUUGCCGAGGAGGACGUGAACGUCGAGGUUUGUGAAUAUCUCUUUGCUUCGGAACUCCAAGACGUUGAUGCUGAUCAAGGUGUGAUAUGUGAAAAGGAUAUCGAUCUAGUCCACUGCCGCGUCUCGUCUCUCGCUGCGCUGCGCUUGGAGCGCUUCACAAAACUUCAGGGAAAAUGGUUACGCAGUGUCGUCAGUUGGCGAUCUAGCCUCGGAUAUGUGGCGGGUCGUGAAAGCUGCAUCUUCAAAGUACAUGACAAGCUGACAUCGCAAAUACUCCAGAGACUAUGCCUUCGACAAAACCAAAUUACCCGCAUUGACUUCCCCUCCAAUAUCGCCGAAACUCUGACAGAGCUCGAUCUUUACGACAAUCUUAUCUCGCAUCUGAAAGGACUAGAUGAAUUCCAGAAUCUGACGAGUCUCGAUCUCAGUUUCAACAAGAUCAAGCAUAUCAAGAAUGUGGAUCACUUGAAGAAGCUGACCGACAUCUAUUUCGUCCAAAAUAAGAUCUCUCGGAUUGAAGGUCUCGAGGGUCUUGACAAACUGGUGAAUUUGGAGCUGGGCGCGAAUCGCAUCCGUGAAAUUGAGAAUCUCGACUCGCUGGCGUCCCUCGAGCAACUUUGGCUUGGAAAGAACAAAAUCACCGAGAUGAAGAACUUGGACGCUCUUUCCAACUUGCGCAUUAUCUCCAUCCAGUCAAAUCGCCUCACGAACAUCACCGGCCUCUCUGCCCUUCCCAAACUGGAAGAACUCUACCUUUCCCACAACGCGAUCACAGACCUCUCCGGCCUUGAAUCCACGACGACUCUUCGAGUCCUUGAUUUCUCCAACAACCAAGUCUCUCAUCUUGAACACCUCGGCACAUUGAAGAACCUCGAGGAACUCUGGGCGUCCAACAACCAGCUCGCUAGCUUCGACGAGGUCGAGCGGGAGUUGAAGGACAAGGAGAAUCUCGAAACGGUGUAUUUCGAGGGCAAUCCUCUUCAGACCAACGCCCCAGCCCUCUACCGAAACAAAGUGCGGUUGGCGUUGCCCCAGAUCAAACAGAUUGAUGCGAGUAAGUUAUAUGCGGACCCCCCCUCCCCCAACUUUGGGAUCUUGUGGUUUUUGUCAUUUUUGAAAACGAACCUGUGGCAUCCGUGGCCGACUGACUAA